AAGGAGUUGAAGCUGAAAACUGGUGAAGGCUAGGGUCUUUGUUUAGGGGUGGGUUUUGGCAAUGAAGCCUAGCUUGGGGCGAAGCUCAUCUCUAGGAAGUGUUGCUGUAGGUUGGAGAAAACCUCCUCAUGGCAGGCUGAAGUUAAACAUUGAUGCAACAAUAAGGGGUAAUAGAUGCGGCUUGGGGGGUUUAGUUAGCGACGAUGCAGGGGAGUUUGUAGCCGGAUUUGUCAAAAUAUGGCAGGGACGGUUAUCUCCUUUGGAAGCUGAACUGGUGGGUAUUCGGGAAGCUUUGAGUUGGAUUAAAGAAAAAGGCUGGGAUUCGGUGGAUGUGGAGUCGGAUUCUUUGGGUGCUAUCAAGGAAAUUCUUCAUGGUUCGAGUGUGUCCUCACUUGGAGUCAUUGCUGGUGAUAUUCGAGAGAUUAGAUUAUUAUUUGCUGAUAUCUCUUUUUCUCACAUUAGACGAUCAGCGAACAUGGCGGCCCAUGAGUUAGCCCAGGCGUCGUGUUCUAUGUCUGAUUGUAUUUUUU